AUGCCUGAGAGUCAGAUCAUCGAACUGGGCACGCUGGGCCAGAUCCCCCUUUACAGCCUUGAACGCGCGCUCCAGGACCCUCUUCGGGCUGUCAAACUGCGACGGCAAAUCGUCUCCCAGCAUCAAGCCACUGGCAACAUCGACUUCACAACGGACGGCUCCGCGCUCCCGUACGAAGGAUACGACUACAAAGCAGUCCUCGGAGCCUGCUGCGAGAACGUGAUCGGGUAUAUGCCCAUCCCUGUGGGCGUCGCCGGUCCGAUCAAAAUCAACGGAAAGAUGGUGUUUCUCCCCAUGUCCACGACAGAGGGCGCGCUGGUUGCGAGCACGAAUCGUGGCUGCAUGGCGAUCAACGCCGGUGGAGGCGUGACUGCUCUGGUGCUGGGCGAUGGCAUGACCCGAGCGCCUAUCGUUCGAUUUCCCAGUCUCGAAGAAGCCGGCGCCGCAAAACAAUGGCUGGGCUCUGAUGCAGGAUUUCUCAUCAUUGAGGACGCGUUCAAUGCAUCCAGCCGCUUCGCUCGGCUUCAAAACAUUAAGGCCACGGCCGUUGGCUCGGACCUCUAUAUCCGGUUCACGGCCAGCACGGGCGACGCAAUGGGCAUGAACAUGAUCUCCAAAGGGGUUGAGCAAGCGCUGGAGGCGAUGCAAAAGCACGGGUUCGAGUCUAUGGAUGUCGUCUCGCUGUCGGGGAACUUCUGUGCGGAUAAAAAACCUGCGGCUGUGAACUGGAUUGAGGGGCGAGGCAAGACCGUGACCGCGCAGGCGACAAUACCUGAACAUGCGGUUCGAGAAACACUCAAGACCAGUGUCGAGGCCCUCGUGGAGCUCAACGUCUCCAAGAACCUGGUGGGCAGUGCUGUUGCAGGGGCUCUGGGAGGGUUCAACGCCCAUGCCGCCAAUGUUGUCACGGCGAUUUAUCUUGCCACUGGUCAGGAUCCCGCACAGAAUGUGCAAAGCAGCAACACUCUGACCGUGAUGAAAAAUGUGAAUGGUGAUUUGCAAAUCUCUGUUUUCAUGCCUUCCAUUGAAGUCGGCACCGUUGGGGGAGGGACAGUCCUGGGCCCUCAAAAGGCAAUGCUGCACAUGAUGGGCGUCCAAGGGGCCGACCCCGAACAGCCAGGUAGAAACGCACAGGAGCUGGCCCUGCUGGUGGCGGCUGGCGUGCUGGCUGGAGAGCUCAGUCUUUGCUCUGCUCUGUCAGCGGGCUCGUUGGUGAAAAGCCACUUGACCCAUAAUCGGAAGAAAGGAUGA